AUGCAAAUGUGCAGUGGCCCGCCAUAUCAUCCAACAUGUGGUGCUCCAUUGCCUAUAUGUUCCAUACCAUCAGCACCAGUACUUGAAGUGUCACCCCCUGAAAGCACACCAUCACCUGUUGCUGUGGUGCCAACAAAGGGACCACCUCUGGAGGUAACUGGAGCAGGUCAAACAGGGACUAACACGGGGGCUAAUACGUCACCAAAUACCAACACACCAGCACCUAACUCCGACACUCCUGGUACAAGCACACAACCAAGUACAAAACCACCUACUAAUACAAAUAAUAUUGGCAACACAGCAACUGGCAAUGCACCAUCUGCUAAUACCAACACACCAUCACCAAAUACUGAUCAACCACCUGGCACCAACACAUUACCCAGUCCUAAUAUCCCUACCACAAACGCACAACCAAGUACCAAACCACCAACUAAUACAAAUAGUAACGUUUCACCAGGUAGCACACCAGCACCCAACGCUAACCAACAACCAUCCAAUACCAACACACCAACUAAUACAAAUAGUAACACUUCACCAACUAACCAACCGUCACCCAACACCAACCAACAACCACCCAAUACCAACACACCAAGUAAUACAAAUAGUAACACUUCACCAACCAACACUAACCAACAGUUACCCGACACUAACAAACAACCACCCAAUACCAACAAGCCAACUAAUACAAAUAGUAACACUUCACCAACUAACCAACCGUCACCCAACACCAACCAACAACCACCCAAUACCAACACACCAAGUAAUACAAAUAGUAACACUUCACCAACCAAUGCUAACCAACCGUCACCCAACACCAACCAACAACCAUCUAAUGCCAACACACCAACUAACACAAAUAGUAACACUUCACCAACCAACGCUAACCAACCGUCACCCAACACCAACCAACAACCAUCUGAUACCAACAAGCCAACUAACACAAAUAGUAACACUUCACCAACCAACGCUAACCAACCGUCACCCAAUACCAAUCCACCAUCAGACAACACCAAAUCGCCAUCAGACAACACCAACCCACCAACUAAUACAAAUAGCAACACUUCGCCAACUGAUAACACGGCCACUAGCACCAACCCAACCCAAUCUGCUAAAACUGGUUCUCCAGCUGGUGGCAAUGUACCCCCAGGUAAACCCGGUGUAUCAGUCAACUGUGGUGAGAUGGUGAAAAGUUGUAACGAUGGUAAUCAUGUGACCGUGACAGUCUCUGUACCAAUACAUGGUGGAAACAAACCUUCUCCUAAGGGAUCAGGCCUAAGUGAACUUCAAAGAGAUGCAAACAGUAAGUAUUAGUUUUAUUGUCAAGCCUGGUAAAAAUAUAGAUUAGCUAGAGGAAUGAAUACACUAAGUACUCAGAGUAGGCUAUUAAAUACUCAGGCAACAACGUUAAAUAUUCAUGAGCAAGAGUCACUAAAUAUUCGCGCAAUUUUUCUGCAAUGGAUCUAACUGUUCCCAGUAUUUUUGACCCAGUGGCCACGUUUUCAUGUUUUCCUGUUUUAGCAUUACAGGUACACAUUAAGGUUAUGCCCCUAUGUCUCGUGCACGAAUUUGUUUCCCUUUCAUCUUGAUCACAAGCCUAUCCUUAAACCUAUUGUACACGAAAAACAAGGAAAUAACCCAGGGCCGGAUUAACGUUCCGCAGGGCCCGUGGCAUAUUAUGGGGCGGACCCCCUUCCCAACCGUCCGAACGGCAUUUUAAAUCCUGAAUUCAGUAAAAUUAAAAAAAUAUCAUUUUGUAUUUCAUGCGUUGAAAAGUUUCCUGUGUAUUUACAAAAAGAGAAAGAAUUAUACAUCAAUAUAAUAUUUUGUGUAUUGUAUUCGAACUGAAAUUUAACCCGAUUUAUACCAUUAACAUUAUUAUUUACAGGGUAAAGAUAGCUAAACAUGAUAGCGUCCAUAUAAACUUCUGCCGCCUUCCACGAAAUUCAGCGAUCUUUUAGUAUUUAACAGUUUGCUGCAAAUUUCGAAAUUUUCUGAACCCUAUGAUUUUCUGGCCUCGCGAUCGCUUUUUUGGAGCCUCUUGCCCAAAGAAGGAACAAAAAAUUUUGUGUUCGCGGGCCUGCUUUUGGAACCUCGCCUUUUUUAACUUUGGGGCCUCGUGGUUUUUUUAGUUUGUGGUUUUGCUUUGGGGGCCUUGGACUCUUUAGGGCCCCGCGCUGUUUGGAUCCCGCGCUAAAACAGGGAACAAAAUAAUCGUUUGGGCCCCCGCACUUUGGGGCCUCGAUUUUUAAAUCUUGGGAGCCUAUAGCGUUUUCUGGGGACCUUGGAUUCUUUGGGGCCCCGCGCUGAAACACUAAAACAAGGAAGAAAAAGAAAACAUUUGGGGCUGAUUUUUUGGGGCCUCGUAUUUUCUGGGGGACUUGGGCUCUUUGGGGCCCCGCACUGGCGCAUUGUUUGGGCCACGCGCUGAGACAGGGAACAGAAAUUUCACAAAAAGAAUAGAAAAGAGAAGCGCGGGGCCCGUGGCAUAUGCCGCUUCUGCCAUAUGGUCAAUCCGGCACUGAAAUAACCAGAUGAAAACGAGACUAAGAGUGUAAUAAAAGAGUAGAGUCUAUUGCACAGAGCGGUGUCGCAAUAAACGGUUCGCAUGACUAUCCUACAGUUGGUAAAGCUUGACAUGUUUAGGAAAAUGAUCUUUGUGAAAUUCAUUGCUUUGAGAGUCGUACAUAUCUUCUUUGCCGAAUAGAUUUAAACAAACAUUGCCUAACUUUACAAAACUACAAUCCUGGAUAGCGCGUGCGUAGAUAGAAACACCUGGCUUCCCCAAAUCCAAUGCUUGCAAAAACAGCAUGCAAUUUUCAACGUCUUUUCGAUUGAUAGGGAUGCAACUACCUGAAAAAUACAAGGAGAACUUCGACGUUUCAAGGAAGGUCCUUCGUGGGGAACUUAGUAGCGGAGGCCCCACGUCCCUGUUAGAUGAUUAGGCGAAACUCAGUAGAUUUGUGAAAUAUACAAUGUUACAACCAACAUUGUACGGGGGAGCGGGAGAUCAGUACUGCACUGGAGAUACAAACUAUUAGUGCUACUGCAUUGGAGAUACAAACUAUUUUAAGAUGCCACUAUGUGUACAUGAACAGUAUCCUCCGAAUUUUUGCCAUGAUUGUAGCUUUUAGAAAAUUUAUAUUCUAGCGACCUUCGAUUUUUGCCCAGUCACGUUUAAAAGGAAAGGUUGUUAUAAAGACAAGCAUGAUGGUAUCCACCCGCUGCCAGAACUUCUCUUUACUGAUCGUGAUAGUUCAUCUAAAGUGUUUUCUGGGACUAUUAUCUCUUCAAAAGAUUGGGGAAAUUAUAUUCUAAAAUUAAUAUGUCGAUGUGCGGAGCAAGCUAAUCAGAAGAGGUUUACAUUCUUUGGAAUUCAACGGUAUGGUAAGUGUGCAAACUACAUGAACUAAGAUUUAGUUAUGAGGUUGACUUGCUUCGAUCAUUUCUUUUUGAGUAAUCCAUUGCUGCACGUUAUUUCUCCUGUUUGUCUUUCUCCUAAGCCAUAUAUAUAGUCUGUCAAGAUAUGAUCUGAAACCAGUUAAGGGGGGGGGGCAGUUCAACGUCAAAGCCACAAAAUGGAAAGACUGGUUUUGUUUGAUGUUGAACUGUAUCUCACCGUGCACAAACCUUUGUCUUAACUUCGUUAAAUGUUACUCAUCGUGAUUCGUGGUUGCACGUUAUUCCUAUUGCCAUGAUUACUUCAUUAUACGAAAAUACAUUGCAUGCGCUCAAUCACUGUGAUCCUUCGGUUUAUAUUAAAGCAGUUCAUUAAAAUAAUAGUAAGUGUGUGAUAGGCUACCCUAUAAUAUCAAGCAUAUUAGGCGUGUUUCAAAAGUCGCGCUUCUCAUGUGCCGAAUGCAUUAGAAACAAUAGAUGAGGCAUUUCAGCUGAUUAUCUAUUGUUUUUAGUGCGUUCGGCACAUGAGAAGCGCGACGUUUGAAACAGGCCUAGCUUAGAGUAUCCUGGACAGUUGGUUCGGUCGCAGCCGAUCAAUGAAUACGACCAUUAGUGGUUUGUAAUCAAUCUCUUGAGAUAAAUAAGACCGCAAAUAUACGGCGGCCAUGUUGGAGGAAAACAGGCCCCAAAUACAACAGCUGCCAAUGAUAUUCUUUUGUUAGCUAGCACUCCUUCAACAUGGCCGCCAUGACGUCAAGUGCAAACCAAGAAUACCAAAUUAUAUAAUUGUUCUUGACAAUGGUGUAAUGAUUUUAAAAUUAUAUCUUCGAAAGAGAUUUACCCUGCCACACAUUUUGAUGAAAGAAACGUUGAUAGUGUAAACAAGCCUAAUUUGUUUUCGUACCAGAUUCGUUUUCCACCUAUAUAGCUGUAGUGUUUUUUAAAAAAGAACAUCCAUGAUAUAAAUAUAUUGUUGUAGGAGAUUGUUGGAGUGGAAUGCAAUCGUCAAUAAAUAGUUACGAAACUCAAGGGACGUCAAAAGCAUGUAUUGCACGCGAUCAGUCACCUUGUGAAGAGGAUAGUGAGGCAUGUGUGGGAGAAAAUGGGGCCAAUUUCGUUUAUGAACUCUUAGGUAAGAUUCAUGUUAGAAACUCUCGAUAAAAAUAAAUUAUGUAUCUGCAAAUAAACAACUGAGUAAGUAGUAAUAAAGUUCAAAUGAAUAGUUACAGAGAUGAGGUAAGUAUAUGAAGUAAUGAAACUCUGGCGUAGUCAUCAGAGCAAUCGCCUUUCGCCUCGAGUUCGAUUUCUACGGAUUCAUGUGAAAAGAGUCGCCGAAAGUCGUGCAUGGGUUUCUUCGCGUUCUCCAGUUUCCAUCCACACUCGGACCCAUCCAGUUAACUUUCCCUGUGGAGUGUCACACUCCACAGGGAAAGUUAACUUGGUGGGUUACAUAGUUAGUGUUGAUAAUAGCCAGGAUAGUUUCGAAUUCAAUUUGGAUAAAACAUGCAGGAGUGAGUUUGUUUUAUCCAAAUUUCAAGCUAAUUAUAAUAGCUUGAAAAUUUCACUCAAUAGAGCUUGUUAAGGUAAAGUCUUUUCCAUUUUGAAAAAUGAUAUUUUCCACUUGCGGUGAUUUCAAUGCUUAUAACUUCUUGCUUUUGUAUGUAUAAUUAUAAUACUGUCAGUGGUGAAGCUGCCAUAGCAACAGGUCAUACUAUGCAAGUUUUCAAUGCCUGGUUCACACUAGUCGUAAGAAUCGGGGAUUGCCAUUGUCUGUGGUCAUUGGUGUGUAAAAUGCUUUGUCUGUCGGAAAAGAAUACAAUAGAUCGCCGAUGAAUUAAGACCAGUGUGAACCAGGCUUUAACAGCAUAGCAUGACCAGUUGCCAUGACUAGCUUGCUACUGAAAACUGUACAAUAUCAUAUAUAUAAACAAUAAUAAUACUUGAAUGAAUCAUUGGACAUGUAGAAUUUAAUAACAAUUUCAUAUGGCACCUUGAAGGCUAUGUUCACAGAACAACUGAAUAAUCUACUUAUGCAUGGGGAGACAAAAUCUAUUUGUCGACAUUUUUGUUUUAUAUGUCUGCUCCAGAUGACACCAUUCAUUUGCAAUGACGGACAAAGAUUGUACUCAGUCAUAUAACUGCAAAACUAUAUAAUAAGAAAGAAAUUGUGAGCAUUAUCGAAAAAUAUAGUAUACCCUGAAAUGCAGUGACACAGGUACACAGCCAGGUGAAUUAUUCGUGAUAUAUAUGAUAACCGGUAGGAUUAUUUCAUAUUAUGCUAACAAUGGACAUAUCUCAGAGAUAUAUUUUUACAGACUGUCAUAUACCUUGUAUAAAAGACGGUUUACAUAUUAUUACAUGUAACUGCUGGUAAGCUAGUUAAUUUAAUUAUGUGCAGACAACAAUCCACACUGUCACUGCGUUAACUGCAUGGGUUGCUAUCCUAUAUCUUUACAUUAUAAAGCAUAUACACAACUGAUUCCGCGUUUGUUCUUAAAACGUGCUGAAAUCACAUUGCUCUGUCUAUGAACAUCUAGAAUGAACACUAUAAACUCAUCGUCUUGGCACAUCGCCACACAAUAGACCUUUCCCCUUAUGAGUGAAAUUUUGAUCUAGAUAUGCCUGGAUAAAAAUUUCAUUACAGCUUGAAAGCGCAUCACAAAAAUAGUAAUAUUCCAAAGUUUCGUUGCGAAAUGUUGUAAAAUGCGGAUAAUAUAGCCUUGCAGAGUUUGCCGUUUUUCAGUCAUUUUGCAUUACAAACGGGAAAUUGAUAAUCAGUUUGAUCAUCUGUCAUGAGUAAUUCGUUCUUCCGGACCUUCCGGACGAGUUUGCAGGAAACAUCUUUUUAGAUUUUUUCUUAAAAACGCCCCACGUUUUAUACUGAAAUUAGUCGUCUGUUAUAGGUGGUCCUGGUCCUGAGAAAAAGAACAAGAUUUCUCACAAAAAAACAAGAAUAAAACUUGCAAAGGGUAAACGAGCAAGAAAUCAUCACGUUAUAAAGAAACAUCUUCAAAAUUUUUAACCGAAAUCUUUCCAUGGACUACGUCGUUUGAAGAGGCCUCGUUGAUUUGGCGCAGCAAGUUUGUGAAAUGGGGAUAAUAAUAGAAUAUUUUUUUACGGUUUUUCCAGGAUAGUAUUACGCCAUACAACUGCGUAGCUGUAGUCAGGAGGGUCGGGGUGAUUAUGGGCCUGUGGUUGUAAUAAUUUGAUUUAUUGUCGGAAUUUUUUAUCUACCAAGAAGAACUGUAAGUUACUGUAAAUCUAUAAUCAGUAAUUUAAGACCAGUUAGGAACGAAAUUAUGCAAAUACGGAAUGUGUAUAAAUUGUUAAAUAACAAUUUUCGUUUGAUAUUUGAUCAUUAAUAUAAAACGUGCUAUUAAAAAAUCUUUGUAAGAUUAAUAAUAUCAAAGUAGGCCUGGAAUGACGAAAAGAGUGUUUACUCACUUAUUUCUUGGCAUUCAAUAGUUUUACCAGUAUAUAUAGCGGCCAGCGCGUGCGUAUAAAAAUUUCUCUGGUGUAAUCCUCUAAUCUGUAACUCUGUCGGUUUGAAGAUCGAAUUUAUCAAUGUGGAAGUAUCGGACGUGAUUGAUUGUUUUGAUUCAACAAACUGUAGAGCUGUGCGGUUUCAGAAUUUUUAUCUCGGUUCCGGUUUUUCUGGAACAGAAAAACCUCGGUUCGGUGCGGUUUCGGUUAUUUUCAAAAAAGAAGAACAGUACAAAUGUAUGAACUCGUUUAUGUAUGUUUCGAGCAUUUUUACUAAAUAGAUGAAUUUAUGCCUUUGUAAGUUUGUAUAAAUCUCUGAAUAUUUUAAAAGAGCAAUCAAAUUGGAAUUUAUUUAUGAACAUAAAAUAUUUCUUUUCAAAAAAAUUUAAAGCAAGAGCAUGCACAUCAAUAAUUAUCACAACUAAAAUAUCAACUGUUUGAGCACUUAGUCGUUAGUUCAGUGCAUAUUGUGCACAAAGAGCACAAUCUUGUUAUUUUCCAAACAUUUCAACCUGCAAUCAGUUGGGCGUUUGGCGGGCGUUAAACAGGAAAUUAAAACCGAAACUACCGAUUCUUUUGCGUGUAAUUUUUCGGUACUAAAAAAAGUACCGGAAGAACCGAAUUUUUCGGUUAAUCGCACAGCUCUACAACAAAGCAAAAUCAUAAAAAAAUUUCUACCAGGUCUGAAAGAUACGCAAAGACAAGCCUUUCGCGAAAUCCUUGCAAACCGUGUUGAGAUCUCUGUGAGGCUUUUGAGAAUUGAGAGAAACGGCUGAAUAAAUGUUAUAGCACCAUCCAACCAGGCGUGCUUCCAGAUGAAGCUGGAAAAUCUUGUUCCGGUGUUCAAGAAGACGAUGAAGAAUAUGUGGAGAACUAUCGGUCAAUAUCUCAGCUAACGAUCAUAUCAAAGGUUCUUGAACGGUGUGCUCUGGUCAGACUGCGGGACCACCUUUUGCAAAUGCUAGACCGUGUACAACAUAGAUUUAUUCCUGGCAAAUCAUGUGCUACCCAGUUGGUUGAAAUUGUCGACUACAUUGGCUCGUUACUAGAAUCUGGCAAACAAACGGAUGUGAUAGUGAUAUGUCUAAAGUUCAACAUUCUCCUAUGA